CCUGGCCUAGCGGCUGCUUCUGCCUGGCAGCGGCUGAGCGGGAGUUGGAGCGCGCCGCCGCCCCGCCAUGGCCGAAGCCUAUUUCCCAGUGGGGCCCGGGCUGGGGCCCGAGGAGAAUUUCCUCUCGCUGGAAGACAUCCUGAUGUCCCAGGAGAAGCUACCGGGGCGCGUGGAGGCUGCCCUGCCCCGCCUGGCUGCCGUGCUGGGCAAGGGCGCGGGGGCCGGCCAGAGCGACGGCAUCCCGGAGGGUUCAAAGGUGGAAAUACCCCUGUGGCUAGCAAAAGGGUUGUAUGACAACAAACGGAGGACACUUUCAGUGGAACUGCCCAAGAUUUACAAGGAAGGCUGGCGGACAGUGUUCAGUGCUGAUGCCAAUGUGGUUGACCUGCAUAAAAUGGGGCCAUACUACUAUGGCUUUGGCUCCCAGCUCCUGAAUUUUGACAAUCCAGAGAAUCCAGAGAUAGCUCAGACUAUACUGCAGACAUUUAUUGGCCGUUUCCGUCGCAUCAUGGACUCCUCCCAGAAUGCCUACAACGAGGACACCUCUGCACUGGUGGCACAGCUGGAUGAGCUGGAACGAGCGUUGUUUCGAGCUGGCCAGAAAGGGCUGAAUGACUUUCAGUGCUGGGAGAAGGGGCAGGCUUCUCAGAUCACAGCGUCCAGCCUGGUGCAGAAUUACAGGAAGAGAAAAUUCACAGACAUGGAUGGUUGAAAGCUAGAAGGACGCAAAACUGCUACAGGGGACACUGAGGUACUCUGUGUCAGAGAGAAGAGAGACCAGCCAACCUUGGGAAGGGACAGACUCUCCUCCCAGUUUAACUGAAGUUCUUCUGCACAGCAUCUUCAGAUUAGACCAAAGCACGUUUUAGACUAGAGGACGAGUAUAACAGGAAUACAUCACACAAUUGUUUUACAGCACACACAUCCUUCUCCCAUGGAGUUACGGUAAUAGUUUUGGCUUCAUAGCUGAGUGGAUAUAAAAGGCUCUUCUGAAAGAGGAUCAUUUAAUAUUUACUGUUUUUAUCAUGUAAAUAGAUCUGGAAUUGUAAA